AUGGUUUUAUUUUGUUAUUGGCGAUUAGAUCAAGAACGUUAUCCAUUUCCAUGACCUCCAGUAGAAUAAAAUCAUUUCUGCGCUAAUUUUCAAGCAUUGAUAUUAACUCCGAACGAUCAGAACAGAAAAUGUAGGAAAACUGUGAAACGGUAGAAUAACUGACUAAAGAGGUUUUCUAGAAGGCACAGGAUGAGCUGUAAGUGUCACCGUGACCAUUCUUGUUUUACUUUUCUGACAUUAAUCUCUACAGGCUAAACGAUAUUAAAGGGAAAACCUCGCAUAGAGAACUUGCUGAUCAUGUUGUUUCUACUGCUUUUUGUGCUGAUAACCCUGGCUUCUGCGACCGCCAAUAAUGUCAGCAGCAAACCAUGUGACAAGAAAGUCUCAAUGUGUUACGGUGGACAACCAGGGACAAAUGGCAUUCCUGGUAUGCAUGGCAUGCCGGGUUCCCCUGGGGUACCUGGCCGUGAUGGACGUGACGGAGCCAAAGGAGACCAGGGCAGCCCGGGGAAGACUGGGUCCCAGGGACCAGCUGGUGCAGAAGGAAAGAAAGGAGAUAAGGGAGAGUCUGGAGCCCACGGCCCCGCCGGGCAAAAGGGACAGCGAGGGGAGAAAGGUGAGAGUGGAAUUCCAGAAUCGCCUCGGCUUCCCUCGCACAUAAACUGGAAAGAAUGUACCUGGAAAAAGGGCGACGGCAAAGACUCAGGUGUGAUCCAGGCAAGUGACUCACGGCGUGAGUGCAUAAUGUAUUCAACAAAGUUCUGUCAUUUGUCAUUACUAUAACUAUGGGAUAGAAUUUAAUUGUUGAACAGGUCGUAAGCUGUACGUAGGCUUUUGUCGAUUGUGCUAGCACAAUGUUUGGCAUAAUUUAGCAAAUCGAGCAUGAUAUUUAGCCUUUAUGUAAAUUUAGCACUGCUAGCAUAAUCUGGCUUUUUUUCCUUUACUAAAUGAUGUAAUUUCGUUUCGAAUAUACUUCUUUUUACUUGUUCUGUUUUUAAAACUUCUGUUACUGUUGUGUUCCGGUCGCCUUGUUCUUGGUCUUAGGCCUCAUGCACAAGGCUCUGUAGUGAGCUGUCUGAGCAUAAAGAUCUCAGAUGGCGUCCUCGUCGUCCAUCCCAGCACUUUCCAAGUUCCAGUUCACAUAAACCAGCAGCUUACAAUUUAAUACAGAGACCUUCAGUCUCUUGGAAGCGUUUAUCAAAACUGUGAUUAAGAGUGAAUUAACCCAAUUCAUAUCCCCACCGUAGUACAACUGUACAAGGGGUCGGGGGGUGGGGGAGGUGCUGGUUGAUGGAACCCCUCCCAUAUAAUAGGUUUUCGUUCUGUUAAGGUACAAAUGAAUACAUUUAAAUAGAUUAGAUAGCCCCGAGCUUGCUCUACAAGGUGAUACCAUGUUUGUUAAUUAUGACAUCAUUUGACUCGCCAUCUUGGAUCCGCUAUCUUGGAUUUCACUAUUUUCUUGAAGA